CCCAUCACCUUCGCGUGGAGUCUCGUUUAUGCCCCAAAUCUGGGCGCCUGAGCCUUGCCAAUCGUGUCUAGCUACAGCAUGGCCGCGAUCCGAUUCCAUGGGCCCAACGGUGCUACAUAAGCGCUGUCUGUCACCCGUCUGGAGAUGACGCAAGAAGUGGCAUCCCAAGUGGUCUCAAUCACCGUGCGAUGCUUCUUUGCCGGCACCACGGCUUCGAAGUGGUCGGAAAUCUUGAAGCACCUUCGCGCGCGUAACGCUGCAGCAGACCAACGCACUAGCUCGUCCUCUGCCGUGACCAUCGACGCCUGGGAGGCAUCAUUUGUUUCGGAUUCUAUAUUACAACUGCUUCUAGACACCGAAGCGGCUUCCUGUGAUGCGCUUGUUUCCUAUGUGAAAGCUGCUUGUGAGGUUCAAGAUGACCAGUCACCGCGCUCAUCCACUGUGGUUGCGUCCGCGGCGAAUGUAAACGGUGAUCAUGAGCCCUUGAUGAGGCCUCGCGACUUCCUUCGCAGCUUCUUCCGACAACUCAUUGGCGGAAACGGGGGUGCGAUACUGCAAGCAAUGUCGAGACUCGAGCCUCUUGCAAUGACCAUUCAAAGCGUGGGUCUUUGGCGACUUAAUUCACCUCCUCAUCCCAUCGGAGUUACAUAUAGUGAAAGAAUCAAGUCUGCGGACGACCUUAUCAAAGUGCUGGACGAGGCAGCACGCUUCAUCGAUGCCUUGGGCAUCUCAGUCCCAGCGGCCAGCGAGGCUACGAUGUGCAUGUUGGCCGACGUGAUGGUUCCAGCGGUGCUGGCAGCUGUCUCCUCAAGCGACAAAGCGUGCAUCGAUCUUGAUGAAAAAGUUAAGACCAAGCUGUCCCAACGUGUGCCUCCAAUUUUGUUCGGAGUGCAACGUCUCGCUGCUUUGUUGCCAAGCGUGGCUCAGGUAGCGCUCGAGUUAGUCGCCCGAUUCCAAGAGAUUGUUGGUCGGAUUGGUGGCGCACAAAUGCCGUUCGAUGCUCAGGUAGCCUCCCAAGAAAGUCCGAACCAGGUGGUCGGCUCCCGCUCUGCGUUGUCGACACUUUCCUGGAGGCGAGUUAUGGAACUACCAGAGUCGAAGGAAUCCUUGCAAACCAUGCGAUCACCGGAUAUCUGGCAACUGUCUGUUGUGCAGCCUGAGAUUGCUAUUCUGGUUACCAAAAUUGCCGAGCCGCGAGUACCGUGGCAGUCUAAACUCUCUCUCCUCCGAAAUGUCUCGAAAGCCAGGCGGGGAGGUGAGUACGAAGAUAUUGGUGAUCCAACCCAGUCUUUUUGGUUCGAAGUGCUACACGCAACAGCCAUUGGCUGCGCGUACGCAAACGCCAUACCAGCAUCAACCGCAGGGUCCCGAAACGCCGUCGUAUUAUGGAGAGCAGCUUUGUGCAGCAUAGUCCCGAGUGCCAUGCGAGCAUUCGCCGAUAGUGAUGAAUCUCAUCCGCAAGACUACAACCUUGUCGUGAAAGCACUCUUCCUGACAAGCGAAGGCGUUUUACAGGCAUGUGGCGGACCAGAAGUAGCUAAUGAGAAGUCCGCAUCCCUCAGUGGUGAUGCAGGUACGCACGAGGGCGACAAUGCGAAUUUGAAUUCGCGCGCGACCAUACCGUCACUUCUGCUCAGGUCACUGAUAGAGAAGAGGCUCAUUAGCUCAGCUCUGGCUGCCGAUGUAGUUAUGGCUCGAGCUGCUGAGGUAGACUUGACGUCUUUGGGCACAUCACUAUCCGCGAUGAGCUCUGCUCAAGGCUCUUCUGUACAAGCGCUCAUUGAGCAGCGCUUGUCUGCGGACAAUCCUCUGACCUUCUUCGACCAGAUGCGAUAUGACUACGGCACGCAAUGCUUGCAAGCAAAGCUUCUUGUCGAGCAGUUCACUGGUUGGAUCAGUAGCAAAGAUCUAGAAACUGCUGCAAACUGGUCUCGAAUUCUGGUGGACCAUUGUGCAACUCUCGACAUCAUUGUGUCUCACACAUCACCGCAAGAGCUUUUCCGACCCGUAUGUCAGUGGCUGAAUGCCGAUGGCCUGCUCAAUCCUGCCGAGGAAAGCACAUCUGUCGGUACUCUAAUAUUGUUCGCUCAACUACUCAUCAAACGUUAUCAGGUCUGUCUUCCGGAGUUAUCUGAUGACCAGCUUUCAAGUGUGAUCCGAUCUGAUUCGUGGGCGUAUCAGCUACACGAAUUGUCAAAAGAGCAUCGCGCUCUCGUAGACAGAUGGAUCACCGCGCUCUUUGAUAGCGACGGUAUCUCGGAUGAGCUGCUCAGAGAGUCCCCACCUCGGACACUCUUACUUCUGGCUCCAACAUUAUUCGCCCAAUCCAUUGCCACAUGUCGGAGUGGCCUGAUCGACCUGGAACUGCUGAGGAACGGCCUCACUUACUUCCUCGAGGAUCCUCUCAGCUACACUCUGCCCGGAGCGCUGCUUUGGCUUCUAGAUGAGAUCCAACGGACGCCUCUGAUCGCCAAGAGCGAAAGAGGGCCUGAGACUUACGAACACAGCCGUGUGAUUCUCAUGGAGAUCCUCGGCAUGCUGCUCGACGCAGAAAAGUGCCCGGCAGCAGUACAGAGUCUUGUCGAAGGCGAGAUGCUGGCAUUCGGGUUGAGUUCUGAGUCUCAAACGUCUAUGCAAGGCUGGUCUACCACUGUCGAUACCAGUAACCUCAAGCACAAGCUCGUGGCUGGUUAUACUGAACAUGCCUACCUACCCGCCAAGUUCGUCCUGCACAAUCUGCUGCAACUGCCCGGCUCGGUCGAUGUGCCUACACUAUCGGGACUCUGGACAGCUAUAUGCGCUCCCAGCCGACUCAGUUGCUCGGCAGUCCUUGCAGAGUUAGCGAAUACGCACUACUUCUUCCACAACACCGACUUGAAGGCCGCAGCGAUGUGCUUGGUCGUGCUAGAACUCUCAGCACCGACUAGUGGCGAUGGUCCGCUGGCGUUCUCUCUUGCGCGGCUGCCAUCCGAGCAGAUCAGCGCCGUGGGUAUUGCCUGUACCUUUGCGGCGCUCAAGCUGCUCGCGGCCUCUGCGGAUGAAGCACUCGCAGAUCGGCUGGGCAACGUCCUUCUGCUCAUCAGCCUGCACAUCUGUCGACAUCGCGCUCGAAAGGCGCUGGAUCCCUCGCGACUCUCGGUGCUGAGCGAGAGCAUUGAUGACGCAGUGCUGCGACGUUUGCCAAAGUGGCAAGCCGUACACGAUGCAUUGGCUGCACCCGAUGGGGCAUUUGAAGGCCUGUAACGUUGUGAAGCGCAAGCAAUCGUAAUUGCUGUGGAU